UGGCAGGACGGCGGCCCGCGAGGCCCGUACCGAGCAGCGCCGCGGCUCCGCGGCCCCUCCCGCCGGCCCCGCCGCCCCUCGAGCCGGGUUCCCGGCCGAGUCCCGCUGCUCCGGAGCGGCCCCGCGGCGCUGACCUCCCGCCGGGUCAGCCCUGCCCGUUCCUCCGGAUUAGCGCGGGCGCGGCCUAAGCCGCUUUCCUCCCACCGCCGCCGGCCAUGGCUCAGCAUGGAGGACGGCGGCCGUGAGCGGCGCGGCGCGGAGCCCUGCCCGCAGGGCCCUGUCCGCGAUGUCGCCGGCCCCGGUGGCCUCGUCCCGCUGCUGCUGCCGGCCCUGCCCGCGCCGGGGGACGGGGAUCCCCGCGGGGCACCCCCAGAGCCAGGCAGCAGCUCCCGGGGGCCCCUGUCCCGGUCCCUGCGGAAGGCCGAGGCGAUGCUGCGCGGCUGCGUCAGCCCCGGCCUGCGGCGCCUGCUGCCGACGCGGCCCCGGCGACGCGGCCCCGGCAGCGAGGACGAGGAUGAGGACGAGGAUGAAGAAGAAGCCUCCGCGCUUCUGACCCCGUUGGAGCGGAGCUUCCCGGGGCUGCGCCGCUGCCUCUGCGUCCGCGAGGAUCCGCGCACCGAGACCUUCCACGGCCACGUGCGGCCGCCGCCCUGCGACGCCGACACCGCCGACGCCGUCACCACCGCCGCGGCCUUCUCGUUCCACCCGGUGCACCCGCGCGUGGCCGAGCGCGGCGCGGCCCUGCACGCGCUGCUGCGGCAGCGCCACCUCCUCCGCCUCGCCCGUGACUACAGCCGCCGGCUCCAGGCCGCGUCCGGCUUCCUCCGCCGGCUGCUGGCGCUGCUGCAGGAGCCGGUACCGGAGCUGGACUCGGGGCCGCCGCUGCGGGAGCUGUGCCGGGAGCUGCGGGUGCACACCGGGCACUGGAGCGCGAUGCGGCGGCGGCUGCGCGGGGACCCGUGGCUGCGGGCGCUGGUGCUGCACCGGGGCGAGGCCGUGGCGCACAUGCGGCGGGCGCUGGUGCUGCUGGCGCAGCAGGCGCUGAGCCUGGCUGAGCACCUCGCCGAGGCGCGGCUGCGGGCACUGGCCCGGACCGGCAGUGCCGCCGCUUCCCUCCCGGAGCUGCUCUCCGACCUCUUCCAGGGCCUGGACAUCUACAACCGGGCCGUGGGUGACCUAGAGCAGGAGCUGGGCGCCGCUGGCUGCCUUCCCACCGGCACCGCCGGCCGUCCUGGUGCUGCCGAAGCCGCAUCCCGCGCCUUCCCAGCGUCCCGGGUGCUGCAGAUUGUGGCAGCUGAGCGGGGCUGGCUGGCGGCCGGGCGGCUCCGGCCCUUCCUACAGCUGCGGGCCGGUGCCGGUGGGGAUGAGCCUGUGCGCUGGGAGGACACCGAGGUGCCUUGGCUGCCGGAGCACGGUUCCGCGGCGGACACGGAUCCGGGCGACCGGGAGGAGCAGCCCGGCAUGGCCGGGACACUGAGGGCGCUGUGCAGGGAGGAUGAGGAGCUCAUGGGCCUCCUCCUGGGGGUGCUGGUGGCCUCAUCCGGCAGCUUCCAGCACCACGUCCUCCAUGUGCCCAAGGAGAAGCCACCGGCGGCGGCACCGGGGCCCCCGGAGCCCCAAGAGCCGGGCUGGGCCGGCUGGACAUCGGUACCGGCGGCCCAGGCCCUGCUCGCACGGUACCGGCCGCUGUUCUGGGACGCCGCGGCCGCCGCGCUGGGGCACGGUGCGGAGCUGCUGCCCGGCGGGACUCUGCCGGCGGCGGCGCUUGAGCUGAGCGGCGCCAUCGGCGCCGCUCCUGUGCCCCGGGAGUGCCGGGAAGAGCUGGGGCGGCUCAGCCUGAGCUUGCUGUGCCGCGGCGCGCUCCGGAGCUGGGACACAGACUUCACCUGCGCCCUGGGCUCGGCUCUCUCCGACAAGUGCUCCGGGGAUGCGGUGCCGGCGUCGGGCCCUGUGCGGAGCCGCACAGCGACGCUGCUGCACCGGCUGUACCCGGCCCUGGCCCUGGCCCUGCGCUGCCUGCGCCCGCCGCCCGACCUUCCUCCCCGGCCCCCGUGCCUGCGCCUGCAAGUCCUGGGCUGCUGCCUGGCCACGGUGCAGGCUGCCCACUCCUGGCUGACCGGCAGAGCCUGCAGGUACCUGGCGGCCUGGGCUCUGCCCCAGUUCCUGCUUGUCACCCAGGGGGACCUGCAGCUGCUGAAGAUGGAGACAGACAAACUGGUGCUGCUGGUGAAUGGUACCUUCCCGGAGCCUGGGGAUGUCUCCCCACCGCUUCCCCUCCUUGUGAUGUCCAACCAGGAGCUCCAGCUCUGCCAGCGCAUUCGUUCCAUGGCCACCAGCAUCCAGCUCUUCUCAGGGGACGUGCUGAAGAUGUUCUCCACCGGCUGCAAGCGGAUGUCGGCGCAGAUCUUCCACCAGACCAUGCCCAGGGGCAAGCACUGGAGGAUCUCACUGCGCGCCGAGCUGCCCAGUUGCCCCAGUGCAUAUGCAGCAGCAGCAGCGCAGGCAGUGCUGGGGCAGGUGCUGCAGGGAGCGCGGCUGCUGCCCCGUGACGCGCAGGCCCCCGCCAUGGCCGGGGGCACCACGGCCUUCCUGGAAGCCUGGAUGGAGCACAUCCUGGAGCACCGCAUCCGCUUCAGCCUGCAGGGAGCGCUGCAGCUCCGGCAGGACUUCGAGCUGGUGCGGGAGCUGGUGGCCUCGGAGCGCUCCGGGCUGGCCCCGGAGACCCGGCGGGAGCUGGUGGCCCUGAGCGUGUUCCAGCAGAUGGAUGGAGCCAUCCUGUGCCUCCUGCAGCAGCCCGGAGCCGCGGCCAGAGCCGGAGCGCGGCCGUGGAACAGCCUCAGGCACUGCUGCUCAGACAACGGCUCCCACCCCCCGGAGCCGGCAGCGGGGAUCCUGCAGGGCCUGGACACGCUGGAGGCUCCGGUGCCGGUGGCUCCCGCCCCGUGUCCUGCCGGUGCCGCGGGGCCGGCGCGCCCCGGGGUCCCCGAGUCCUACCUGUCGGGCCGGCAGCAGCAGUGGCUGGCGCUGCGGCUGCACCGCGCUCGCCGGUGGCGCGUCCCGGGGCUGCCCUGCAUCCGCGACCCCUCCGGGCAAUAAACCCUGAGCGGGACCAGACCCG